AUGCGAUUUCUUGCAGGCAAACGGCUGGCGAUCAUGGCCGAGGAGAAACAUCGCAUGCUCUACCAGGGCCAGGACCCCAGUCAGCCGGUGUUGCGUCAUCUGGCGUUGCUGCCACGCGCCUGCAGCGAUGGCAACAUUCCAGUGGCGCCUCAACAGCUGCCAACUUAUGACGAUGUCAUGGCGAAGGCGAGUCACCUGCCUGCUGUCGAUCGUCGUCGCACAUUCUUCGCUGAGCCGCAGCAUCUGCGCAGCCGACUCGAGCUAGAGCAACAAUCGGUCAACGCGUCGGCUACGCAACUUCCAUACGAAGUUGUUUCUGAAGUGCAACCAGCAGCUGCUGUUCGAUUGCCGCAAGUGCGCAGCUUCUUUGCGCUGGCGCCGCAGCCAAAGCUGGCUGCCACAUCCUGUGCGAUUGUUUGUCCUGCCUGUGGCCAACAAGGACGCACGCGUCUGCAGCGUAUGCCGAAUGCUCGCACACACACCUGGGCUCUUUGGCUCUGCUCCUUCGGCUGGUGUUGCUGCUGUUGCCUUUAUCCGUAUGUGCUGCGUGGCUGUCGCACCACGAGUCAUUACUGCAAUGCCUGUCGCACUUUUCUGGGUGCCUACUAUCCCAGAGAUUGCUGCCCAUAAACAAAUUCUAUUCUAUUUCUUAAGUCUAUAUAUUAAAAUUUCUGCAUUUUCUUGUUUAAUAUUAUAUUAAAUACUAAAACAAAUGUAUGCUUAUCAGUAAAUUUAGAUGCUACGUCUAUAUAAACAAA